AUGAAGCUCCUCCUCACUGGCGUCACGGGCGUGGCCGGCCUUGCCAUCUAUCGCGCAGCCCUGGCCGAUUCUAGCGUGAACCACAUUACCUUGCUCACGCGUCGUCCCAUCCCGUCUUGGGCCGUCCUUCCGCCUGACGCAGCGUCCAAGACGACUGUCAUCCUGCAUAAAGACUUUCUCUCCUACCCACCUGACCUCGCACAGCGCCUCGCCGCGCACGACGCGUGCAUCUGGGCCCUUGGAAAGUCAUCGAAGGGUGUGACCGAGGAGGAGUACACCGAGAUGACGCAUGGCUAUACGCUCGCGGCAGCGCAGUCCCUAAAGGAUGCCGGAGUGGGCGGGACGAGGACAGAUGGAAACCCGUUCCGGUUUGUGUUCAUUAGCGGGGAAGGCGUCAAGCAGGAUGCGCCAUGGUACAUGCCGUUGUUUUCUCGCGUAAAGGGACGAGCGGAGAAAGACUUGAUUGCUCUCUGCAACUCGGCAGACCACAUGAAGGCACAUAUCGUCCGCCCAGGCUACUUCUUCCCGUCCCUUCAGUACCCCGAAGACCGCAAGAAUCAGCGCUCGAGCACGGCUCAGUGGCUCGACUAUUACGUCCUCACUCCUCUGUAUAAACUCCUCAUACCGGGGGUCAUUGUGCCAGUCGAGGACCUGGGACGGUUCACGGUCGGGCUCGCGAGUGGGCGCUGGGCGAACCAGGAGGUGUUCCAAAAUAGGGACAUGCUGAAGCUUGUGAAGGAGCUAUAG